AUGAAUCUAAUUAUCACCAUUCUACUUAUUACCAUAGCUCUUUCUUCAACUUUAGCAGUCGUAUCCUUCUGACUACCCCAGAUAAGCCGGGACGCAGAGAAACUCUCACCAUACGAGUGUGGUUUUGACCCCCUUGGGUCAGCUCGACUGCCCUUUUCCCUACGAUUUUUUUUAGUAGCCAUCCUGUUUCUUCUAUUUGACCUAGAAAUUGCACUCCUCCUCCCCCUGCCCUGGGGAGACCAACUCCACAACCCCACCGGAACAUUUUUUUGAGCAACAACAGUUCUAAUUUUACUCACACUAGGAUUAAUUUAUGAGUGAGCCCAAGGAGGCCUGGAGUGAGCGGAAUAG